AUGUAUCGACACGAGGGAGCCCCCAAGAGGGACAGCGAGGUCAAUGGCGCGACUCGCACCACCACCACCACCGACAACAAAAACAACCAUACCAACACCUUUGACCCGACUUCCCCUUCGCAGGCCGAAUUACCUACCUCCCAUUCACCCCCCAAGAGCUCUGUCCAUCAAUUCGACAAUCCCUACCACUCUCCUACUCCGGCGCCGUUGACAGCGACUGCAAAAUUGGCACCAGCUCCUCACAUUCCAGAUCUGCCGGCGUCCCCCGGAGCUUUGACGACUUCAACUUCUCGCUAUCAGAGCGAGCGGGACUACCAGGCGCCGCCACGAGACAAGCCGACUAGUAGUUACUACGAUCCGACCUCCGACUCGAGCGAGAGGAGACCCUCAGACAGCCUGGCGAAGUGGCAUGAAGGGCAAGGACAGACUCAGACUCCUCAGACUCGAGAAUCCUACAAGUACCCAUCAUCGACCUCCGAAAGCUAUCACAACAGCGGGACGUACGCGUCUCCAGCGGCGCCGUCCUACCCCCCUCGAUCGCCAGGCUCGCAUGCCCAUCCGCGCCGUUCUUCCAUAACUCAGUCGCCGAGGAUAUCUACGAUGGCCUCACCGACCGUGAGGCACAACGGAGUGGUCAUGGGCAGUCCCGCAGUGAGUGCCCCACCGGUCGCGACGACCCCCAGCCGACCAGCCGACCCCAUGGCCAUGUCUAGCAUCUUGUCCAACGCAGACCCGAUCCCGAAGCCAACACCGCCUCCCAGCGUUCCGAAACCCCGCAAACCAGCACGACAAAGUAUCGCAGCCAUGGCAGAGAACGUCUCCAGAGAUAGCUCUCGCCAGUCGUCCGCCGCUCCUGCCCACACACCCGUCUCGCGAGUCCCGGCCAAGCGAAAAGCAAACGGAGAGCCCAAGAAGAGCCCGCCGAAGCCCAAGCAGCUGACCAAGGAGCAAGAAAAGGAGAUUCAGGCGACCAUGGCCCAAAUCGAGGCCGAGGCAGAGGAGUUCGAGAUGGCCGACGCGGAGGACCACAAGAUGCACUACCAGAAACGCCUGCUGAAGCGGAAACUCGAAGUCGAGGCGACCGAAAAUGUCAAGUCGAAGCAUCGGAGAACGCUCUGGGGAACCAAGCAGAGCCAGAAGUUCGAGCGCCAUGCCCUGCAAGGCGAGGAUCGUUACAAGGCGAUUCAUCAUGAUGCCGCGGUCUCUACUGUCCAGGAGAAGGAGAUUGCAAACGAGAAGGAGCGGAAGAAGGAAAUGCAGCGAAAGCGUCGCCGGGAGAAGACGGUGGCUGCCAAUAUCGAGCAGAAGGAGGCUGCUAUAGCCAAGGCCCAAGCUGCUACCGACGAGCAAGAGCGGCUGAAAUAUUUCAAGGACGCACAGCGAGCCGAGAAGAAGGCUCAGCAGACGAAGCUGAUAUUGGCCAGAGGAGAUAACCCGGGUGUGGAUCUCCGCGCGGUCUCCCCUCUGGAGCCGAACCUACUCGGAGGUGUCAUGUCCACCUUCACAGCUGCCGAUCCUGAGGCCAAACCCAGGUCGAAGCGUGGUGGAGCCCGGUUGCGCAAGUCGAAGGAGCAGAAGCAAGCCGAGAAGGACUCGGCGGAAGCCGCUCAGGCUGCGAUCGAUGCUGGAGAAGACCCGGCACCUCCGCCGCCUCACCGAGAAGAGCCAAAGAUCAGACUCAAGAUCAAUAAUAAAGAGCCAAAGGAACCACGAGACGACUCACCGCUACCAGUAGUAGCCUUCGAACCGUUUGUUUCAAAGGGGUACAACCAGAUUUACGACCAAAUUUGGCGAGACCUGGCUCGGAAAGAUGUCAGCAAGACCUACAAGACGGCGGUAGAGUCAAACGCGGUCAAGACAUCAAAUUUGAAGAAGACGGCGAUCCUGGCAUCCAAGGAAGCAAAGCGGUGGCAACUCAAGACCAACAAGGGUACCAAGGAUCUUCAAGCCCGGGCCAAGCGUGUCAUGCGUGAGAUGAUGUCGUUCUGGAAGCGCAACGAGCGUGAAGAACGUGAUCUCCGACGCGCGGCUGAGAGGGCAGAGAUUGAGAAUGCGAAGAAGGCUGAAGCUGACCGCGAGGCCAACAGACAGAAGAGGAAACUCAACUUCUUGAUCUCGCAGACCGAGCUGUACUCCCACUUCAUCGGCAAGAAGAUCAAGACGGAUGAGGUUGAGCGGUCAACGGAUCAUCCCGAUGUAGCUGUGGCCGAGAAGGAUCCCAACCCACACUCUGUCGAUGUACCUGACCACGAUGGGACGGCGGCUCCUGCCCGGGUUACGAAUUUCGAGGAUCUGGACUUCGAUGCGGAUGACGACUCGGUGCUCAAGGCUGCUGCCAUGGCCAACGCUCAGAGUGCUAUCCAGGAGGCUCAGAACAAGGCCAGAGCUUUCAACGAAUCAGAUGAGGCGCCGGCGAUGGACGAGGAGGGAGAGAUGAACUUCCAGAAUCCCGCUGGAAUGGGCGACGUCGAUAUAGAGCAACCGAAGAUGCUCAAUGCCCAGCUCAAGGAGUACCAACUCAAAGGUCUCAACUGGCUGGUCAACCUCUAUGAGCAGGGUAUCAACGGUAUCCUGGCCGAUGAAAUGGGUCUUGGAAAGACGGUUCAGUCGAUAUCCGUCAUGGCAUACCUGGCAGAGAAGCAUGGCAUCUGGGGUCCGUUCUUGGUUGUUGCACCGGCCUCUACGCUUCACAACUGGCAGCAGGAGAUCAGCAAGUUCGUGCCGACGUUGAAGGUGCUGCCCUACUGGGGCUCUGCGGCCGAUCGAAAGGUGCUGCGGAAGUUCUGGGACCGCAAGCACAUCACCUACACGCAAGAUGCUUCAUUCCACGUUCUCAUCACCUCUUAUCAAUUGAUCGUAUCCGAUGUCGCCUACUUCCAGAAGAUGAAGUGGCAAUAUAUGAUCUUGGACGAAGCUCAAGCCAUCAAGAGCUCCAGCAGUUCUCGAUGGAAGAGCCUUCUCGGCCUCCACUGUCGAAAUCGUCUCUUGCUUACGGGUACGCCCAUCCAAAACAACAUGCAGGAACUUUGGGCCUUGCUCCACUUCAUCAUGCCUAGCUUGUUCGACUCUCACGACGAGUUCAGCGAAUGGUUCUCCAAGGACAUCGAAAGCCACGCGCAGAGUAACACGAAGCUCAACGAGGACCAACUGAAGCGUCUGCACAUGAUCCUGAAACCUUUCAUGCUUCGUCGUGUCAAGAAGCACGUCCAGAAGGAGCUGGGGGACAAGAUUGAGCUCGACAUCUUCUGCGACCUCACAUACCGUCAACGCGCCUAUUACAGCAACCUCCGAAACCAGAUCAGCAUCAUGGAUCUUAUCGAGAAGGCUACGAUUGGUGACGACAACGACACGGGUACCCUGAUGAACUUGGUGAUGCAGUUCCGAAAGGUCUGCAAUCAUCCUGAUCUGUUUGAGCGUGCUGAGACGACAUCGCCGCUCUCGUUUAGUCACUUUGCCGAGACGGCUUCGUUUAUGCGUGAGGGUCCCACGAUCAAUGUCGCGUACUCCAGUCGCAACUUGAUCGAAUACAAGCUUCCUCGCUUGAUAUGGCGCCAGGGUGGUAGGCUGGACAUGCCGGGGCAGGAUAACGACAAGGCUGGGUUCAGAGGGAAAUACUUGGAUCAGCUGAUGAACGUGUUUACUCCCGAGCAUAUACGCGAGACUUCUAAGGGCAGCGGAGCAUUCUCGUUCCUUCGAUUUGCGGAUUCUUCUGUUGAAGAGGCAUCCAAGGCUUCUCGCACAGGCGUCUUCUCUCGGGCUGUGAAUCUUGCAAAGAAGCCUCGUCGAUUGGGCCCCAUGACCAUAAUCUACGACGAGGAGGAGGACAAGAACUUCACACCCGGGCAAGCAAUGCUCAACAUCGUCGACCGGAAUGAUCGCCAGCCAUUGGCUAGUGUGACUACUGAAGGCUACCUGGACAAGCUGCUCAAUGUAGCCAAGGAGAUCUUCACAGCGUCUGGCCUGAGCCGACUGGAGCAAUGUGGCCGAGCAGCUGCUACUGCACCGCCGAUUGAGGUCUUCUGCGCCAGUCGCGGUGCGGUUAUCGAGAAGGAAAAUACGAUGUUCAACAUCCCAGUUCGCCGUGCCCUGUAUGGGCCUUCGCCAGUGGAAGAGAAGGCAUUGAUCACCUCCAAGAUACCUCUUCCAUUCUGGCCAACCGAAAAGAUGCUCCCCGCGCCAACAUCUGAGAAGCAACGCUUCACCAACAUCCUCGUUCCCUCGAUGCGCCGCUUCGUUACCGACUCUGGCAAACUGGCUAAGCUCGAUGAGCUCCUGUUCAAGCUGAAGGAGGGUGGUCACCGCGUGCUGCUCUAUUUCCAGAUGACCCGCAUGAUUGACCUCAUGGAAGAAUAUCUUACCUACCGAAAUUACAAGUACUGUCGUCUUGACGGAUCCACCAAGCUCGAGGAUCGCAGAGACACGGUCCACGAUUUCCAGACCCGCCCCGAGAUUUUCAUCUUCCUGCUCAGUACCCGUGCUGGCGGUCUUGGUAUCAAUCUGACGAGCGCUGAUACGGUCAUCUUCUACGACUCCGACUGGAACCCUACCAUCGACUCCCAAGCCAUGGAUCGCGCGCAUCGUCUUGGCCAGACCCGCCAAGUUACCGUCUACCGCAUGAUUACACGCGGUACCAUCGAAGAGCGUAUCCGCAAGCGCGCCUUGCAAAAAGAGGAGGUGCAGAAGGUGGUCAUGACUGGUGGAUCAGGCGGUGGCGUUGACUUCAACACGAGGAGCAAGGAGAAUCGGACGAAGGACAUCGCCAUGUGGCUCGUGGACGACGAAGAGGCUGCGGAGAUUGAGCGCAAGGAGAGGGAGAUUGCGGAGGCCGAGGCGGCUGCCCCACCCGAGAAGAAGAAAGGGCGGAAGAAGGCCAAGAAGAACGACGGGAGUGGCGGGGGAAGCUUGGAGGAUCUGUAUCACGAGGGCGAGGGUCAUUUCGAUGACGGCUCCACCCGUCCUUCUGGGUCUGGGACUCCGGCCCCUGGCGCCGAUGGCGAGGGCAAGAAGAGCAAGAAAGCGCGGAAGCCGAGCGCGAAGAAGGCGAAGACGGCGAAGCAGAGGCUUGCCAUGGCUGAUGGCGAUGUCGAUAUGGGGGGUUGA